AUGAUUGUAUCCAACAAUCCCACCCCUCAGUCUCUCAAUAAAUUGGUGGACACCAAAGCCAAUCUGCUUUCCACCCCUCCGGACAUCAGUGUCCAACUGGCGCGCUCCGUGCCCUUGACCACCUUCUCAUUCCUCAAAAAGUUCUUUAUCACCCUGCCUACCGCAUCGGCCUCCGAAGUCGCUGUCUACACUCAUCUUGUCAAGUCCCAGGGGAUUUUUAUGUCUGGAAUUAUUAAUGGUCCUGAUUAUUCCCGGUUCACCGAGGUCUGCGAGAUUGUGGUGCCCGGGAACUGCAUCAAUUUGCAAUAG